AUGAAUUCAAAAUCAUCACUUAUAAAUACAUCUCACUCUGAAAACUUGAGUAACACGCUACCAGGAGAUUCACCUAUCUUUCAGCAAUCUGUCACUGCUGAUUUGUCUACUCGGGAUAAUAUAUUCGAUUCACAAGGUAGCCAAGACUCGGCAUCAGUGUUGACUUGCCCCUCAAUACAACCUACAACCUCUUCUACAGAUCACGCAUAUUCACAGUUGCUUGCGGCAUCAUCACCCUAUACUGUGGCUGAAGAAGCAAAUCCAUCACUUGAUUCUGCUGGAAACAUCCUUUUAAAAAAAGGUAAUAGCCAUGAUACCUUGCAUGAAGAACCACAUCUACAAGGUGUACAAAUGUCUGAUUUGAAAAAUAAAAGGCAUCCGCCACGCACAUCCAUGUCUGUAGCCGGACAAGAAACAAAUAAACAACCAUUGUCACAGCUCAACAAUGUGCAAGGACUUUCAAUUCCCCAAAAUAGUAGUAUGCAAAAAAACGAUCCAAAGGAAACACAGAGUAUAGAUGCACAACCAACCAGUGAUUUUCAAGCAGAUAAUAUACAGCAAGGUAUGCUAUAUCCUGACACACGGUCUAGGGAAUUGACAACAGCCUGUGAAGAAACCAAUAAAAACACAUGCCAGCAUAUAUCCCAAGUCAUGCUGCAAUCAAUACAAGCUGAUAUAUUGAAAGCAAAUCCAGUCAAUUCAAACGUGAUGGCAUCCUCCUUAUAUACACAAGCCGAUACAACCGAACCCAACUCGGACACAGAUUGUAUUACUCUUCCAGCUGAGCAAUCACAAACUGAUGCAGACAUAGAUGUUCAAAACAGUAUACAAUCUACCAUAGAUUCAACCCAAGCAGUAGCUUAUAUGAAAACUAAUACUACAAAAUCAAUCAGACAAUCUAUAUUAAUGGAAACAAGCCCAACCAGCAACAAAGCAUCUGAAUCAACAGAUUGUCCAACGCAUUCAGGCUGUCAUAACCACACACGAAUUUCUUCUGCAUUAAUCAACAAAGAGGUUGCAUCAAGUAAGUAUAUACCGCGCCGAAAACCCCGAUCACAACCACCCAACAGCAAAAAAGCACCCCCAUUACCUCCAACACCACCCGAAGUUCAUCCUCCAAUUGCUAAAAACCCAAUUUUUAACAUUUCACCCAGCAUUCUCCUCAAAAACCUAUUACAAGUACACGAACUUCCUACAAAAUCAUCCUACACAAGAAUUCGUCACACAGCAAAAAUAUCUAGUCGACCAACAGUACGAUUGGAUAAAACAUGCAAAUUUGAUGUGAGCAACAGUAACGAUGCUACAAUGUCAAAUUGCGAUGACCAGUUUUCAAAUAUGGGGUUGGUGGAAGGACCUUAUUAUAUACAUCCAUGGGUGACCCAUCCAACUCAAGGCUCAAACAUACAUCACCAGAAUCAAAAACCCCAUGAAAGGGAUGAACCCUUGUCAAUGGUAGAUAUCGAUUCAAAUUUGAUUGCGCAAUAUCGAGAUGAAUCGGCUGCAGUGCAAUCAACAGGACGACGAAGAUUAGUCGAGAUGCCAACAAAUGGGUCAGUUAUGUCGUUGACAGAGUUUCAACAUGCUCUGAAGAAUGAAGACUUUAGAGAUUUGGCGCACGGAAUCGUUCCUAUUACAAGAUAUACCCCAUGUUUGACUAGAGAUAUUGACGAUUUGGAUCAUGACAAACCUUGUGAACUCAAAAACUUGAAAUCGCCAAGCCGGAAAGAAACCAUCCAGUCCAACGAUAAACUUGGCAUUACUUCUAAUCUAAAACAUAAUGAAAAAAUCAAGUGCACGAACAAAAAAGAUUCCCGAAAUUGUUCUGACCAAAAUAAACCACGCGCGAGGUUGAUCACGUCCAAUUCUACCAAGAUAAAGCUGCAUACGUUUAACUGCAACGAAAUGCUAGAGCAAAUAGCCAGUCAACCUAUUUGCAAUGGCACAUUGUGUCCCAGAACUUCAAGCAGGACCGGUGGGCACAAGUCACCUCAACAAGAAAAAACAGAACCUACUCCAAGACCAUUGAUAAAGAAUGUGUCUGAACUAGCUAAAAAACAUCCAAGUGAAAAAGUAAAGAUUGAUGCCGUCAAAGUAAAAGACAAGGCUGUUGAUAUUGAAAAAUGGACUCAAAACGCACAGGUACAUCUGGCAGAGCAAGAUCCAGUCAGUGAAUCAUCAUCGAUUGUAAAGCUUGAUAAUCCACCAACCGACAGCACUGAUCAAAACCAUAGUCAAUUAGUAGCACGACCACUGCAUUUUGAACGAAGUCCAUCACAUCCAAUGGGAUCCGCCAAUUCAUCCACGGCAAUUCAACUCUUGAAACAAGAUUCUGUUAAUUCAAUCGUAUCGGCCUAUACUGUCACUAGAUUGAUUGCGCCAUUACCAGUGCGAUUACCCUCCCUGCCAAUCUAUCUUAAAAGCUCAAUGCUUACACCCGCAUCGUUGUUGAAGCCCAAAACACGAGAAGAGAGAUUGCACUGGUUGUUUUCAAAAGAAUACCCUAUGAUUCAGGUUUACUCGAAAGAAAUAAUCAAGUCAGAAUCAAUACCAAACCAUUCAAAUUCACCCAAAGAGUUGCCAUAUAUUGUUAUACAGUCCAAGCACAGCAGUAUGAGCAAACAGAUAUUCAUGGCAGAUCAUAGACUCAAAAUGCCAGGUAUAUCCUCAAAAGGCCAUCAAACUGCGCUGGAUGAUCGAAAAGAGUGCAUAGCUAGAGCACAAAAACAAGCCAUGAAACUACGCAAUGCACUCAAAACAUCACGUUAUGAGUAG